UGCUGGCCAGGAAGUCGAGCGCUGCCCUCCUGCUCCGCAGCUCGGGGAGUCUGGCGUCAGUCGUGCGUUGGCUUCAUGCAAAUCUGAGUCAAUCAGUAGGUCUGGCGAGAGCGAUAACACAACAGCGCUGGGGAUCCUUCAGAGUGUAGGAGACAUGGAGCUGCGGGAGACGCUCGAUCUUUACAAGGAGACGGUUGGGCUGUACCUAGGACAGGGGAUGAGUUAUGUAAACGCACGGUUCCAAGGGCUGGAGCCCUGGCAAAUCGCUGCCGUCACAGUCGUGGCUACUCUGCUGGCAGUGUGGCUGCAUGGCUUCCUUUUCAAGCAGCAAAGUAUUUCCUCACGACUGAGAAAGUUCUUCUUCAGAAUCACAAGGAAAUUGCCAUUCCUGGCUGCUUCAAUACAGAAGCAACUUGACAAAGCACUGAGUGACCUGUCUUCGAGUGUCUUAACCCUGGAGGAUGGGAUGAAGUACGUCACAUCCUUACCUGCAUGUGGGCUGACAGAGUCUGAUCUCCUCAACAAGGUUAAAGAAUAUAGCACAAUGGGGGAAGUAUGUUGGGAAAAGGGCCAAGUUUCUGGGACAGUGUACAGUGGUGAAGAGCAACUCACAAAGCUGAUGGUGAAGGUCUAUGGAGACUUCGCUUGGAGUAAUCCUCUCCACCCGGAUAUCUUCCCUGGAGUGCGAAAGAUGGAGGCGGAGGUUGUUCGGAUGUCUUGCACUCUCUUCCACGGGGGACCUGACUCCUGCGGCACGGUAACAUCUGGUGGGACCGAAAGCAUCCUCAUGGCCUGCAAAGCUUACAGGGACCUUGGGCUCGAAAGAGGGGUGAAGUAUCCUGAGAUUGUCGCUCCAGUAAGUGCUCAUGCUGCUUUCGACAAGGCUGCCCAUUACUUUGGCAUGAGUAUAGUCCAUGUUCCAUUGGAUAAAAAGACAAUGCAGGUGGAUGUGAAGGCCAUGAAGAGAGCCAUUUCGAAGAACACAGUCAUGCUUGUCUGUUCUGUGCCUCAGUUUCCACAUGGAGUCAUGGAUCCAGUCGAGGAGAUUGCCAAGCUGGCCCUGGAUUACGAAAUUCCUCUGCAUGUGGAUGCCUGCCUCGGGGGUUUUCUUAUCGUCUUCAUGGAGAAAGCUGGUUAUUCUCUGCCGCCCUUCGAUUUCCGGGUCAGGGGAGUGACGAGCAUCUCUGCUGACACGCAUAAGUACGGAUAUGCGCCCAAGGGUUCAUCAGUUGUACUGUACUGCGACAAGAAAUACCGACACUACCAGUUCUUUGUUGCCCCAGACUGGCAGGGGGGCAUCUAUGCAUCGCCGACGAUUGCUGGGUCAAGACCAGGAGGGAUCAUUGCUGCUUGCUGGGCAACGAUGAUGUAUAUGGGUGAAGAUGGUUACGUUAAGGCUACAAAGAAGAUCAUUGACACGGCACGGCACAUUGAAGCUCAGUUAAAGAAAAUAAAGGAAAUCUUCAUCUUUGGAAAGCCUGAAGUAUCUGUUGUGGCCAUUGGCUCGGACACUUUUGAUAUAUUCCGAUUAUCAAAUGCAAUGACGUCCAAAGGGUGGAAUCUCAACACCUUGCAGUUCCCUUCCAGCAUUCACAUAUGUGUGACGCUUCUGCACACCAGGAGCGGUGUGGCUGAGCAGUUUGUGGAGGAUGUUCGUCAGAGUGUGGCUGAAAUAAUGAAAAACCCUGCUGAGAAGACGACAGGCCGGGGUGCUAUCUAUGGGAUGGCACAGUCGAUUCCUGAUCGCUCUCUGGUGACGGAAAUAUCGCACGGAUUCCUCGACUGCCUCUACAGCACCGAGCUUCCCAGCAAUGAGAAAAGCCACAUGAAUGGAGACUCGACGCAGCAUUGAACGGCACAAAGUAACUUUUUUGAAAAGAAAUCAUGGAUUCGGUGGCAAGAGAAAGUUUUAGAAGAUGUCUGAGGUGUCCAGAACCAAAUUCUCUUCCUUGCUUUUUGCAGGCAGAUAGAAAUCUGGGAAGAUGCAAUUGGAUAAGGUGGGGUUGAUUCUCUUUUCUGUUUUUUUUAUUAUUUGCCACUUCUGAAGCCCAAAAGCCUUGACUUUGUACCUUUUUAAAAUGUUAUACCCAAAAUAAUCACCUUGGCCUGUGAGCAGCAUAGUAUUCAAAUGUGAAAUUGAUUUUUGUUGUUUUAAAAACAAAAGGGAAUUCACAGAUUUUUGAGGAGGAUGUUUGAGCAUUGGUUUCACUUGGUGACUGAUUUGCCGAGGAUUUGAGGGAAGUGGCAAUUCACCUUGAUGCCUUUCUAAACUUUCUUUCCAUUUACAUGAAAUGUCUUGGUAGACUUUUUCUCAAAGGAGCAAAUCUUGUGUUUAGUCACUUCUAGGUAACUCUUAAGGCAAACCUGCAUUAACAGGUUAGCGCUGGGAGUGACAGGGAGAGAUGUCCUUUACCAGAGGGAGUGAUGAAUGUUAGUUGCUCUCCUAGAGACAGGUAGUUGCCCAAAUGAAUAAGACAAGUUAUAACCAAGCAGCUGUGCAGUACCCUGGAAUGACAGCCUCUGAUUGAUCCUUUUCACGUUGGAAUUGUGUUUGAUGUUAGAGCAGAAUCUGAGCUAUUGAGGGAACCAUGAUCUUGUGAUUGAUGUAGACAGGAGGGGGUAGGAAUAGCAAGGGUUAAUUACAGGUUUCAUCAUUCAUAAUCAUGACCAAGAUGAUAAGCAACCUGGAGGCUCUGGUUUGCCUUGAAAUACAAUUACAGCUCACUCUUACUGUUUGAAAGUUCGCUGGUUGCACAGUUUUGUCCCAUUUCAUGCAGAAGGAUGGACCACCUCGAACACAGUUCCAUUGUUUCCAAAAAACUGCAUGAACAAUGUUGCCUUUAGACUCAACCAGCAGACAGUUUUAAACUCAAAAUAAGACCACUGUUACAAUCACUGAUAGAUUGGAGACGGGUUUCUCUGCUGCCUUAAAAACUGCAUUUUUGAAAAAAAGAUUGCUGUGCAAUUCUUUUUGUCUGAUUGUUCAAAUUGAUCAAAUACAAAAGGAUGUGAUUUUUUUUGUUUUUAAAAAAAACAUGACACCUGACUCGCUCCUUUGAGACUGUAGGAAUGUCUUUCUUUCAGUGUUCUCCAUUGUUGGAAUUGGUGGUUUGAAGUACUUCAGUGUGUGUCAUAGAGUCUGUGUUUCAUUGAAUCGCAUUUGUGUCAGUGUUUUUGGAUUCUUUUGUUGCUUCAUUACUGUGGCAGAGCCGAAAAUCACUUGAGACCUUUUACUGAUGCCUUGAAAUGCUGUACUUACUGUAGCAAGUGCUCAGACUGUGACUUUACUGUCUCCAAACUGCGCGCCAGUGCACGCUUUAUCAGGGAGCACUUGUGAAUAAUAGAUUUUAACGGUACUUUAAUGCUAUCUUCAAAAACAAGCUUGAUUUUUUUUUUACUAAUUCUUGAACAUUAUCCCUAUUUCUCCUGGUACAUACAACAGCAAAAUCUGCUCUGCAGUAGUAAUCUUUAACAAAGAUGUUCUAGUGCACACUCCCCAAAGUCAUCUGCCAGUGAAACUCGCGUCCUUUAAUUAUUCCCGUCCUUGCACGUUAUUGGUCGUGCGGUUAGACCCCUGAUGCAGCGGACUUGAAUAUGGAAACUUGAAGGAGAUGAGCUCCAAGAAACCACCCCCCCUCCCCCCCCCACUCUUCCCUAAUUUCAACUGUGACAUGCUGGCAAUGUCAGGCUAUAAACUAGUGUCCCACUGGGCAAAGCACAUACACUGUGCACCACUCUGUGACCUUAGUGUAUUUCCCCACACAGCGAGCUUCACUGGGUCCAAGCAGAUGUUGCACAAAGUUCCUGUGGAAGCAUGGACCACAGCAGUUAAUGGAAGGUGCACCACUUGUUCCCCACCGAUCCGUGGCUCCAAGUAGGUUCAAACCAGUGUCCCUCUGGUUCCUUCUAGUGUGUAUGGGCUGCAUCUCGUACUAUCUUUAAAAACUUAUCAUGUAUUUCCAAGAGAGAAUUUCUGCAAUGUUUUCUGACCUUUUUGAUAGGAGAGCCUUAGUUGUGUGAUAUGAACUGUUAUCUACAUUCCCUAUAAGCCAUAUCCAACACACUCACGUUUUAGCCUUUAACAGUUUGUAAACCCAUUCCAUUGACUUGCAGUUUUCCUGGUGCAAACCAGAAGUGUUCUGUGGGACAGCAUGGCCAAUAGUUCCAAACUCUGACUAGAUGUUGGGUUCCUGUUAGGCUGCAGCCCUGCAGCACACAGCUGGAAGUUACUGCAAGAUUUCAUGAACUGAACCAAAUUUUUUGUUGGUGUUCUCUUGGCUUUACUCCGCUUACAUGUUUCAACAGCAGGGAGACACUUUUGCACAUUGAUGUGAUGAGAAGAGGCUUCCCCCUCUCCCUUGUUUCCCUAUAAACUUGUCCCACAUUUCAGUCCAGUCAACAGGAGAUCAGUGAUGCAUGGUGCGUGGCUCCUUUAUUUGUGUGUGGCACUGGUCUCUGCCCAACACAUCACACAACUCUGCUGGGGAAUUCUUACCAGAAGGUUACUGAGGAUCACCUAUUUUAAUGUCAAUUUGCUACAAGUUGGACCACAUCGAACUUGUGUGUAUUGUGAUGUUUGUAAUAACCGGAGGGGGCAAUUCCAGCAGCUAGUUUGUAUGCAGCUGUGCAAAGCCUGCACCUCUGUAUUACUUUCAGAAAAUUAUCCAAAUUAAUUUGGUGUAAUAUGUAUUAACGAGUUUGUAAUUGAUAUUUGGUAAUAAACUUAAUUUGUUGAAACUG